UCCCUCCUCCUCCUCCUCCUCCUCAGUAUUCUGCUUUCUUUCAGGUUUUACUCGGCGAUCAUAUCAACAUAAAAGCAUGGCAGCUGAAGAGGGUGUUGUUCCGGUUGAAGUAGCUGCUCCAGCUCCGGCUCUCGGUGAGCCAAUGGACAUCAUGACUGCAUUGCAGCUUGUGCUUAGAAAAUCACUUGCUCAUGGUGGUCUUGUCCGUGGACUUCACGAGGCUGCAAAGGUUAUUGAAAAGCAUGCUGCUCAGCUUUGUGUAUUGGCUGAAGAUUGUAACCAGCCUGAUUAUCUUAAAUUGGUCAAAGCACUUUGUGCUGACCAUAACGUGAGCCUUGUAACUGUUCCUAGUGCCAAGACUCUUGGCGAGUGGGCUGGUUUGUGCAAGAUCGAUUCCGAAGGCAAAGCAAGGAAGGUUGUUGGAUGCUCAUGCCUCGUUGUGAAGGAUUAUGGAGAGGAGAGUGAAGGACUCCACAUCGUCCAGGAGUAUGUUAAAUCUCACUAAAUAUGCUGCAUUGGAUCAAAAUACUUUGACGUCAUUGUCUGUUUUAAGUUUUGGUAUGGGUGUGUUUCUUAGUAAUCAUUAGAUUGUAUGAGUAAAAACUUAUGUCGAAGUCCUUUAGUUUCUAAUGAUUAUGUUUUCUUGAUUACUAUCUUAAAUUGAAACCUGGCUGAAGGUCAAUACUAAUACAGUUUCAGCAUGAA